AUGUUCAAUUUCAGAAGAUGCAUGGCCACUGCUGCCAAAUCUUUUACAGAUAACAAAAAGCAGUUAGAUAGAGCAACACUUACAAUCAAGAAUGGUCCCGUUUUCAGCGGAUACUCAUUUGGUGCUAACAGAAAUGUUAGUGGAGAAGCUGUUUUCACUACAUCAUUGGUAGGAUACCCCGAGAGUAUGACUGAUCCUUCUUAUAAAGGUCAAAUCUUGUGUUUUACUCAACCAUUGAUUGGUAAUUAUGGUGUGCCUUCAUCUACAGUGAAGGACCAGUUUAAUUUAUUAAAGUAUAUGGAGAGUCCCAAGAUUCAAUGUAUUGGUAUUGUUGUUGGUGAUGUCGCUUUAGAGUAUAGUCAUUGGACUGCUGUGGAGAGUUUACAACAAUGGUGUCAAAGAAAUGGAGUUGCAGCAAUUACGGGUGUUGAUACUAGACAAUUGGUUUCGUAUUUAAGAGAUAAAGGUUCAAGUUUGGGUAAGAUUACAAUUGGAGAGGAAUAUGAUGCUGACGAGGAUGCAGCUUUUGAAGACCCUGGUGCUGUAAAUUUGGUUCAUAAAGUUACUACAAAACAACCAUUCCAUGUUGCAUGUCCAAAGGAGUACUCCAAAAAUGUUCAUGUGGCAGUUUUGGAUUGUGGUGCCAAAGAGAAUAUCUUGCGUUGUUUGGUUGAGAGAGGCGCUUCAUUAACUGUUUUCCCAUAUGACUACCCUAUUGACAAAGUUGCUACUAAAUUUGACGGUCUUUUCAUUUCUAACGGUCCAGGUGAUCCAACUCAUUGUUCAUCUACUGUAGAACACUUGGGCAAGGUUAUGGAAAAGCACCCAGACUUACCAAUCUUUGGUAUCUGCUUGGGUCAUCAAUUGUUAGCAUUAGCCAGUGGUGCUAAAACCGUUAAACUCAAAUAUGGUAAUCGUGCCCACAAUAUCCCUACCCUUGAUCUCAUUUCGGGUAAAUGCCACAUUACUUCGCAAAAUCACGGUUAUGCCGUUGACUCCGAGACUUUGGGCUCCGAUUGGGAACAAUUUUUCAUCAACAUGAACGAUUUGAGUAAUGAAGGUAUGAUUCACAAGCGUAAUCCCGUGUUUUCAACUCAAUUCCACCCAGAGGCUAAAGGUGGUCCGCAAGACACUGCAUAUUUGUUUGACAAGUUUUUCGAGAAUAUUGCACACUACAAGGCAAACAAUGGUUUAAAUUUGCCAAAUGUUGACGGCAGUUUGCUCGUUGAUAUCUUGCCAAAGGAAAGAGUCGAGUAA